AUGAUUCAUCAAAGAGCCUAUUUCGCACAUGCCAUUAAAAACGAUAAAUAGAUCUAUGUCAUUGGUGGUAGAGGAGAUUCAUCAAACACCUAGUACAACAAAUUUGUGUAUUCAUAAUACACAAUGGAACGUUUUGAUAUACAAGAUAAUAAGUGGUUGGAAAUGGCGGCAAUCCUUAAGGAAGGCAGGUAUCAUUCUACUACUUGCAUAUUAAAAGAUAGGUAUAUUUAUGUAUUUGGCGGAUAUACUACUGAGAUGUUUUAUGGGAACAUUGUUUUUAAAGUUAGCAGAAAGCAUGAAAAAUUGGUAAGUGUGAGGUCUGAUUACAUUGAAAUGUACGAUACUCAUCAAGAUAAAAUCUUUAACCCAAAGGAGGAAAGACCUUAUUUCACACAGAUUCAUUUGUAUAGAGACCACAUCAACAAUGUAGGUAAUCUGAUUUGCUUUCCAUUGCUAAUAAGAAAUACUUCACCAAUUCAAGAAACCAACCAUUGCCGAGUGGAGGAUUCAUCUUAAAUUUUGAUAACUGGGGGGUUAUUUGUAGGAAUUAUAGAUGUGAAAAGUCAUGUUUACAAUACCGAGACUAAUUUGGUAAACUUAAGAAAAGAGCUAGCAAUGCCUUAUCCUGAUAUAUCUAAGUUCUAUUAUCACACUCCGUAAAAUAAAGUUUAUGUAGUUGGUAGAUAUAGAGUAUAGGAAUUCGAUUAAGUGACCUAUGAGUGGAGGAAAUGUGGCCUUGGCUUCGUUUAAUUUUGUGAAUAGUCUUGGAGUUUCUGA